UGAGCGGGCUAAUUCCCAUCCCUAUACAGGACAUGACCACUAGGGGGCAAAAUGUCCUUUAGCAGUAUGGGAUUUAGCUUUUUCACACUGAGUGAGCUAAAUUCCAUUCUCAGAAAGGACAAUGUCCUUUAGAGGGAUAGAAUCUAGUCUCAACCAUAACUUCAUGUCACCUUAUCCCCAGUGACAGCGCCACCUAGUGACAUCAGCUGAAGGUGACAGGAGCCAGACAUGGUGCUGGGGGAGCGGGCGCUGCUCUCCGGGGUUUGCCUGGCAGUGGGAGCCGCGCUAGGUGCAGGCGUGACCGGCUGGAGGCAGCGGAGAGAGGGCGGGGGAUGCGGCCUAGCUGUGCCUGUGGUCCGUGCGGCUACCGAGCUGUCCCAGGCCGCUCCCUCCGCGGGGCUCACACGGUUCGGGCUCCCCGGGCUCAGCCAGCUGAAGAGCCGCGAGUCUCACGUGCUGAGCUAUGACCCCCGGCUGCGGGGCCCGGCCUGGGUGCUGGAGCAUCUGACCUUGGAACGGAUCCGCGGGAGCGCCGAGCGCCAGGACUGUGACUUCCGGGAGGAUGAGACCGUGCACCCGUAUCACCGGGCAAGCAACCAGGACUACCGGGGUAGCGGCUUCGAUAGGGGGCACCUGGCAGCGGCAGCAAACCACAAGUUCAACCAGAAAGCUAUGGAUGAUACCUUCCUGCUCAGCAACGUGUACCCGCAGAACCCUAACCUGAACCAGAAUGCGUGGAAUAACCUUGAGAAAUACUGCCGUGGGUUAACUAAGAGCCAUAAGAAUGUAUAUGUGUGCACUGGUCCCCUUUUCCUACCCAGGGUGGAGGCCGAUGGCAAGACGUAUGUCCGAUACCAAGUGAUUGGCAAGAAUAACGUGGCUGUUCCAACUCAUUUUUUUAAAGUGGUUGUACUGGAGAAAUUUAAUGGGGAGAUAGAGCUGCGGCCGUACGUGAUGCCGAAUUGUCCUGUGGACGAUAAGAUCCCGUUGGAUCGUUUUCUGGUCCCCAUAGAGAGCAUUGAGCGUGCUGCCGGCCUGCUCUUUGUCCCUAACAUUUUGAAAAGGACGAACAAUUUAAAGGCUAUAACGGCCUGAUAGGUUGGAGAAAGUAACACGGGUCCUUGGAGAAAAAGGUUGAAAGCUGCUACACCUACUGGAAUCUUAUUCAUAAUGGCAAGGAACCCAUAGGGAAUGGUUUUGUCUAGGGUCCUGUUGGGUUUCAGUCACUUUAUGCUGUUAUAUUAACCUAUUGACAUGAAUGUAUGUUUAUGACACUAAAUGUGUUUUUCUUAUUAUUGUUGAUUGUUUCAGAGCAGUCCAUGGUAACUUUGUUAAUGACAGAAACUAAGCAAUAAAAUAAGAUUAUAGCACUUACCUUUCCUAUACUGA